AUGGAGUCGACGGAGAGGGACGCGCGGGCGGGCGAGGGCGCCGGGACGUCGACGAGCCGACGGACGAAGGCGUCUCCCACGACGACGAAGAGGGCGAGAGCGACGGGGACGGGAACGGACGGGAACGGACGUGAUAAGCGACAGAAGACAGCGAGCAUCGGUGGACGCGGGGGCGCUGGGCCGAAGACGAUGGGGGCAACACAAAACGCGACGGUGUUGACGAGGAAGCCAGCCGCGAGUCCGGGUGAUGCGAACGGGAACUGGCAACGCGCGAUGAGUGGGUCGAAGAAAGAUAUUGCGUCGACCCUCUGGUACGAUUCCAUGGAGGCAAAGAUGGAGCUCGAGGCUUUCCUCGGGAACGCGCACACGGCGGAUUUAGGCGAGCUCGCCACUCGAGACUCUGAGGAUGUGUUCGAGCCGGAUCUGACUUUGCUCAAUCCGUUCGCUCCUCCCAAAAUGGCGUCAUUUUCAUUCUCACCUUUAGCACCGGGUUCUCCCGUGGAUUUAAUGCCCUCGACGACGAGACAGCUGCCGCCGGUGGUUCCGGCUGUGUUUGAUGAUUGGGAAGACACACAACUCUACGAGCGAGUGUCGGAUCACCUUACGAACACAUCGACAUCGCAGUACAUGCAAGGAAGAGGAUCUGUUCCAUAUACUGCAAUGAAUUUUGUGGGGCACCAGAACGAGUACAGGAUGUCGUUUGGUCCCGAGUAUGAGUUGCGCACAAGCACAUCGCUCUUGGAUCCAGACUUGCUUGGAUCCGUCAAAAAAGAGGUUGAAGAGGCGUGGGGUGAGGGCAAAAACGCGUCGAACACAAUAAGAAAGCCUACAUCUGGUAGAGGUACGAGCGAGCGGUCAAAAGGAGCUCACGGCACAUUGCAGAAAUCCGCGCAGGCCACCUCCAACGUUGGCGCAUCGAAGCGAACGCAAAUCCGGUCAAAGACUUCAACUGCAACUAUAACGUUCGGCGAUGAUCACUCGGGAGACAAGAAGAAGUUGAAGCCGAAACCGGAACAUUCAAUGUCUGAAAAGCUUCUACCGGGCUCACUGUUUUUAGCAGAGCAGCAGAACCAGGCGCGACGGGGUACGCCUGCGCACGGCUUGAACGAAGUCUCAAGUUCCACGGCUUUGCCCAGAGUCGUGCAAUCGCGUUCGCAACCAAACGAUGAGCAAUAUCCCUCAUCGUCACCUCGUCAGGAUGAUGCGGACGUGAUAUCGAUGCUCAGGAAGAUUGCGAAUCUGAUACCGAGCAAAACUCGAGACAACAUCAGAAGCAGCCUACUUCGUCUGAAGCAAUCCGCUGUCCGUCAAGCAGAAAGGUCCGACGACGCCGAGGUCAAUCCGGAUGAUAGCUACAUCGAUCGUUCGGUGGCAAAUUUGCUUUACCACCGUUAUGCUACCAGUGAAGUCCGCGAGCCAACUCCAAGGCAGACGGCUCUUGAGAAGGCCGGCAGGGAGGCGGAUUCCUUCACGAACUGCCGAGGCGACCAAGCCGUCGUUCCGGCGUGA